GUUUACCCGGGAAAUCAUCUUGUUUUGUUGAACACUUCUCGUUUGGUGGAUUUGUUUUUCUUCUUCUAUUUUGUUCAAUGGGUGUUUAGUUGAUUUGUUUAAAUUUAGUUUGUUUCUACAUUCAUACUGGCUUAAUUCAAUCUAAAUGUCCAAUCGACGCAAGAGACGUAGUAAUCAAGUUGACCAGGAGCUUAAUGAUGAUGCUCCAGAUGAAAAUGUUGAUGGUCCUUUCUCUAGGGGUUCCAUCAUCAGGAUUCGUCUUAAAAAUUUCAUGACGUACAAGAGUGUGGAACUCCAUGCUGGGCCUUAUUUGAACAUGGUUCUGGGUCCAAACGGAACUGGUAAAUCAGCUCUAGUUUGUGCCAUAAUUGUUGGUUUAGGAGGAGAUCCUUCAGCCACCGGACGUUCCGGCCAACUUAAUGAGUAUAUUCGAUUUGGUUGUCCUUACGCUCAAACCGAGAUUGAAUUAUUCAAUCCAUCAGGUGAUAAUUAUGUUAUCAAGAGAAAAAUUUCUACUUCUGGGGAUGGUAAAAGUAAAUCGGAUUGGUUAUUGAACAAAGUGCCAAAAAAGUUAUCUGAAAUUAAGGAAUUGAUAUCAAGCUUAAACAUUCGAGUUAGUAACCUGUGUCAAUUUUUACCUCAAGAGAAAGUGGUAGAGUUCGCUCGGAUGAAUCCUGUGCAGCUAUUGGAAAAUACUCAAAAAGCUGCUGGUGAUGAAAACAUGUUUACCACUCAUGAAAAGCUUAUAAAGUACAGCGAUAAGAUCAAGGAGCUCCGUAAAAAGAAAGCCAAUUUAGAUCAACAACUAGCUACUGAUCAACACUUAACUGAUCGUUUGAUUGAAGCGGUUGAACGAGUUAGAGAAAAGGAGCAAUAUGCCGAGAAAUUGAGUUGGUUACAAAAAAAGAAGCCUUGGCUCGAAUUCGAGCAAGUUCGACAAGAAUAUGUUGAAGCAAAGGCAAAUUUGGAGAGACGAGUUAAAGAAUACGAAAAGAGUAGAUCUCAAAAUAAGCCUUUGGAAGAGAAAGUCGACAAGGAGAUUUCUGCCAUCAAUAAAGCAAUAGCUGAACCUAAAGCGUCUUUAGAAGAGCUCAAACCUCCACUUCACCUGGUUCCCACUCACAAAAAGGGAGGAAAUAAAUUAAGUCAUAAGAACAAUGAGUUAGAAUCGGAAAAGAGUUUGCUUCAAGAAAGACUUGAUGCAUCAGCUGACGAAAACUAUGCUAGCCGAAUCGAAGAGAUCGAACAUGAAAUAACGGAAAAACAUACAAGCCUGAAACAGCUUACAAUUAGCAAGGAUAAAAUGGUCCAAGAAAUUGAAAAAAUGAAAGAAAGAUAUCGACAACUCAGAAGUGAAAGAGAUCAAAUCAUCAAUGUUGAAGUGCGAAGACGAGAGCUUCUCAAAAGAACUGAUCCAAAGGUUUGGGAUGCAGCUGAAUGGCUUCGUCGUAACCGAGAAAAGUUCAGUCGUAUGAUCUAUGAACCCAUGAUGACUCAAAUAAAUGUGAAAUGUGCUGAGUGGAUUUGCUAUGUCGAAGCUACUAUUCCAAGACGAGAUUUGGUCGCAUUUGUUUGUGAAGAUAUAGAGGAUCUUAAAAAGUUUACAACCAUGUUGAAAAGAGAUAAUCUCAAUGUAAAUGUUGUUCAAGCCCCAGGUGCAGAUGAUGUGAACAUGGACCCCAAGCUGCCUAUGGAUGAUCUAUCUCCUUAUGGAUUCAAGCAUUACAUCAAAGAUUUGUUUGAUGCUCCUGAUGCCAUAACCCGAUAUUUGUGUAAAAAUUAUAAUCUUCAUAAUGUUCCUGUUGGUGAUGAAGAUGUAGAUUCAAAUCGAUUCCUCAGAGAAAAUAGUCAAAUUCAAAGAUUCUUUUGCGGUAAUACAUCUCAUUCUUGGACUGUUUCUCGUUAUGAUAGAGAAAAGGUUAUCUCAACUGAUCGCUUGAGAGACCCAUCUCUGUUAGUAAUGAUUGUAGAUAAUGUUCGUAAACGCCAAAUCGAAGAAAGAAUGGAAGCUAUUCAGUCCAAAGGAAAAGCGCUUGAAAGUGAAAAAGCAUCUAUGGAGGAAAAGAUCGAACAUUUACGAAGCCAAAUGUAUUCUCUUCGUGAUACGAGAAAACAAUUGAUCGAAAAAAGAGACGAGAAAAAAAACUCUGCAAAAAGGCGUCUUCAGAAAGCCAAAGAUGAACUUGAUAAAUCUAAUAAGAAAUUUGAGAAUUAUGAAACAGAUAUUGAACGGUUAAAAGAAAUUAGAGAUGAAGCACGCCGAGAAGCCAAAAAGAAACAAAAAGAUGCCCAGCUUGCCAUUAAUUGCAAUGAAGCUGAGCUACCCAAAGACGUCAAAAACAGAUUCAAAAAGCUUCCUGAUACUCUACCCGAAGUUGAAGAAGAAAUGCGAAGACUUGCCCUAAGAAUGUCCAGUAUGGAAGAGCUUUGCGAUGAAUCUGUUCUCAAUGAUUACAAUCAACAAACUGAUCUUAUUAAACGAAGAAAACGAGAAAUUGAUUUAGUUUCCGCCGAUUUAAGGCUUAUUGAAAGUGAUGUUGCAGCUUUUAAAGGUCGCUGGAUACCUGCUAUCCAAGAACUAAUUGGUCGCAUCGACAAAAAUUUUUCAAAAUUUAUGUCUCGACUGGAAUACGCCGGUGACGUUUCCCUCUCUCAUGGUGAUGAUCCUGAGGACUUUUCUACUUAUGGAAUUUCAAUCAAAGUUCGUUAUCGUGACAAUGAAACUCUUAAAGAAUUAUCAGCUUUCCAUCAAAGUGGAGGUGAACGUAGUGUUGCCACUAUGAUUUAUAUGAUCGCGUUGCAAGAAUUGACUAAAGUUCCUUUCCGAAUCGUAGAUGAAAUCAAUCAGGGCAUGGAUGAUACAAAUGAAAGACGGGUUUUCGAUCUCAUUGUAGAGACAGCGAGUACCAAUUCGUCUCAAUACUUUUUAUUUUCUCCUAAACUGUUACCAAAGCUAACCUACACCGAUCGAAUGCAUAUUCACGUCAUUUUCAAUGGACCCAAAUUUUCUGUGGACUGGAAUCGUUGUAAAGCUCAAAUAGCUGCUUAAUACUUCUAUAGCAAUGUAUAAUUUAGCAGCAAAAUGUAGCUAAUUUAGUCAAUAUUUCAUUUUUUCUCAUUCCAGUGAACCACUUAAAGACAAGUUAAACAUUUAUUUUUGUGUUCUGCUACUAUUUUGUCUAUCAUAAGAGUUUAAUAAAACAAAGUGUUGUAUUUUGACCUAUGA